AUGCCAGGAAAUUUAAAUCUCAAGAAGUCCUGGCAUCCAGGGUUGAUGAAAAAUCAGCAGAAGGUGUGGGAAGAAGAACAAAAUAAACUUGCAGAAUUGAAAAAGAUUAAGGAAAAGAAUAAAGAGAUUCAGGACGAAAAAGAAAAGUUGCAGCUCAUGAAAAUGCAAUACGGAGAUGAUUUAGAAAACCUCCCCUCGGAUCAAAAAUUGAAGUUGAAUAAACUAGACUGGAUGUAUGAUGAACCUAGCAAAAAGGAUGAAGCAGGCUUCAAUGAAAUGAGGGAUGAAUUUCUACUAGGAAAGACCCAAGUUGAGCAAAUGUUGCAUAACAGCAAUGCUCUUCGAAUGAAGGGAGAAGGUAAAUUAAAUAAAAUUAUUGCUGCUGGCACUGUUGUUCCUUCUUCUAAAGUUGAUCUCGAUGAUCCUUUAACCAUUAUCGAAAAUGAACAAAUGAAAAAAAAGAGACAAAGGAAAAGAAGAGAAGGUGAAAACAACCGAAAACGAUCUCAUUCUCAUAGGCUGCAUCGUGACGAAAGAUAUCAUCGGAGCCACCACAACAGUCGUAGCUCUAGAGAUGAAUCUCCUACUAGAUAUGGGUCACAUGAUAGUGAGAAGGCGUCUAGACAUAAAAAUAGCUUCGAGUCGUAUGACACCUAUCGGAGAAAAAAGAAUCACAAUAACGACAUUUAG